UUUCCUUUUGGGCAGCCCCCUUCAAAGUGCCUCUGGAGAGGAGAUGUCAGCCACUUGAGCUCGCGGAUCAAGCAGUGGAAGGGACGGCAUCUACCAAGGCUGCGGUUCCCAUCCCAGGCACAUGGCAUCUGCAUAAGUGGUUACUGAUUGUUUCCUUCAGUAAGUGACGAUAAGAAUGAAUGGACAUAUAUCAAACACACCUCCUGGUGGAUAUGGAAGUUAUUCUCCUCAGAUCAAUGGCUACGGCUCACCAACAUUUGCUCAGGCAGAGAGGGAGCAGGGUUCAAGAACAAGUGCAAAAGCACUUUAUGAACAAAGAAAGAAUUAUGCGCGGGACAGUGCCAGCAGCGUAUCUGAAACGUCGCACUAUCAUGUGGAGCACUUGACCACCUUUGUUUUGGACCGAAAAGAGGCAAUGAUUACAGUAGAUGAUGGAAUAAGGAAGCUGAAAUUGCUGGAUGCUAAAGGCAAAGUGUGGACUCAAGAUAUGAUUCUUCAAGUGGAUGACAAAGCUGUCAGCUUGGUGGACUUGGAAUCAAAGAAUGAACUGGAGAAUUUUCCUUUAAGCACAAUUCAGCAUUGCCAAGCUGUGAUGAAUGCAUGCAAUUACAAUUCUAUUCUUGCAUUAGUAUGUAAAGAGCCAACCCAAAACAAGCCAGAUUUGCAUCUUUUCCAAUGUGAUGAGAUUAAGGCUAGCUUUAUUUAUGAAGAUAUUGAAAGUGCAAUCAGUGACAGCAAAAGUGGAAAGCAGAAGAAAAGGCUUGAAACACUGAGGAUGAUAUCCAAAGCUGACAGUGCCAUCCCUCCGCCCCCACGGGCGCCUGCCCCCGUCCCGCCAGGGACCGUCACCCAGGUGGACGUGCGAAGCCGGGUGGCGGCGUGGUCCGCGUGGGCGGCCGAGCAGGGGGAGCUUGAAAAACAAAGACAGUACCACGACCAUGAAGAAACAGCAGAAAUGAUAGCAGCCAGGAUCGACAGAGAUGUUCAAAUUCUGAACCAUAUUCUGGAUGACAUUGAAUAUUUUGUUACCAAACUUCAAAAAGCUGCUGAAGCAUUUGCCGAACUUUCAAAGAGGAAGAAAACUAAAAAAAGUAAAAAGAAGGGACCUGGAGAGGGAGUUCUUACUCUCCGUGCAAAGCCACCACAUACAGAUGAAUUCGUUGACUGCUUCCAAAAAUUCAAGCAUGGCUUCAAUCUUGUGGCCAAAUUAAAGUUGCAUAUCCAGAAUCCUAGUGCAGCUGAAUUGGUUCAUUUUCUCUUUACACCACUGCAUAUGGUGGUGCAGACGACUGGAGGUCCAGAGCUGGCUAGUACAGUACUCAGCCCCCUCCUGACGAAGGAUACUAUAGACUUCCUGCGGUUUACCGUCACCAGUGAAGAAGGGCAGUUGUGGAUGUCGUUGGGUGACACAUGGACUAAAGCUAGAGCGGACUGGCCCAAAGAGCAGUUUAUUCCACCCUAUGUCCCUCGUUUCCGAAAUGGUUGGGAGCCUCCUUUGCUGAACUUCGUAGGAGCUCCAAAGGAGCAAGAACUCAAUCAUUUGGCUGAGUCCGUGGCAAAUGUUGCAGAGCAGCAGCGGAAACAAGAAAUGAAAAGAUUGUCAACUGAGCCUCCCGGUGUUCCCGACUACCCUCCGUCCGAUGGGUAUGCAUUCAGUAACACCGUUUACAAAAGAGGGCCUCUGCUGGACCAAGGGGCCGCUGUUGCUGCCUUUAAGCAAACUGUUAGCCGGCACGUAGAUAGAAACUAUGAAGCACACAGCAAAGCGCAGCCCAAGAAAUAUGCCAAAUGCAAGUAUGAGUUUAUGGCGAGAAACAACAGUGAGCUUUCUGUCAUGAAGGAUGAGAUUGUAGAGAUUCUGGAUGACAGGAAGCAGUGGUGGAAGGUACAGAAUAAAAGUGGCAGUGUAGGCUUCGUGCCAAACAACAUUUUGGACCCACUGAGAAAUCAAGAAGGUGGUCCAGGAUGGUCAGAACCUGCGUAUACCCGCACCAUCCAGAAACAAAGGAUGGACCAUGUUGCAAAACAGCCUGACCCGAUUCCUGUUACUCCUUCACCGCCUCCAACACCCGCUCCUGUCCCCGUGGCCGUCCCGCUCCCUCCCAGUGCCCCAGCACCCAUACCCGUUCCUGUGCCCAAAGCGCCAGCGACCAUCAGCCGCCAGAGCAGCACGUCGAGCGACAGUGGUGGCGGCAGCGUGGCACGCGACAGCCAGAGGCACAAGCAACUUCCUGCGGAUCGCAGGAAAUCCCAGAUGGAGGAGGUACAGGACGAACUCAUUCACCGGCUCACCAUCGGCCGCAGCGCUGCCCAGAGGAAGUUCCACGUGCCACGACCCAACAUCCCCGUAGUUAAUAUUACUUACGACUCGUCGCCCGAGGAUGUCAAAGCGUGGUUGCAGUCCAAAGGAUUCAACCCUGUGACCGUUAACAGCCUUGGUGUGCUGACGGGAGCGCAGCUUUUCUCCCUCAAUAAGGAGGAGCUGAGGACUGUCUGCCCGGAAGGGUCUCGAGUCUACAGCCAAAUCACGGUACAGAAAUCUGCCCUAGAGGCUAACAGUGGUAGUUCAGAACUGCAAGAAAUUAUGAGAAGACGACAAGAAAAAAUCAGUGCAGCUGCCACAGAUUCAGGAGUGGAGUCCUUUGAUGAAGGAAGCAGCCACUAAGCGUCUUUCCUCUUUUCUUUAAGUGCAUUGUCCCUAACAUUAUACCAUCAUGCUUUGCUUUAGGAAGCAGUGAAGGAGUCUUAUUACUUUGUAAACAUAACUAAUCACCGUAAAGAAAAUUUACAGUCAGUCUUCACAGAAAUGCCUGCUGCUGACUUCUCAUGAUUCAAAAUGAAUAGAUGAGAAAUGCAAUGAAAGUUCCUGACAAGUGAAAAUAUUGGCACUUGAACCGCUUGCACCCAAAGACAAGUCUUGACUUUAUGGAAGUAACCAUUAGAUAGAUAAACAAAAACACAUCUUUGUUUUGGAUUUAUCCUAGUGAAGCUGAGCCAGCGUUUGAACCCUUCAGUAAUAAUAUGAUUUUGAAUUCCAUCUCCUGCUUGCAAUUCUGUCUUUUAGGCUCAGGCUUUCUUGUCAUGCAUUCAACUACAGGAGAUUUAGCUUAGUCGUUGGUGCCAGCAAUCAAAGAGGAAAAGUUUAGAGAACGAACAGCAGCCCCAACAUAGACUGAAUCUUUCUCACACCGCUCUCGAGAUGUUUUAUUACUAAUCAUGCUGUUUAUGGCAAAAUAAUGCUCUGUACUUUGAUUUUAUCAGUGCUUCACUCAUGAUGAACCAUAAUAUUAUACAGCAAGGAAUAAACAGACAAUAGUAACACAAGUCAGCUGAAAGAGGUGAUCAGAUCUGCUGUAGGUAGCCAUGAAAGAAUUUGCAGUACUUUUUUUUAUAUAGACCUGCAUUUUUUGUUUGUAACUUAACCUGUCAAAAGAACAGUGUAUAAUCUAGACUUUUUUCUGUGUUGAUCCCACAUGUCAAUUUUGCUGUAUGUAAAAAGUUAUUAUUGUUCCUUUAUAGACUUAAUCUUUUGAAAAAGUGGACUCCCAGAAGCAAAAGGGGGACAAAAGGAACAUCCCUUCCAGCAGAUAUUAUUUUUGAAAAUAUAGUGAUUUUUUUGUCACAAAAAAUGUUCUGUUGUUUCACAUGGUCUUGUGAUUUUAUAUAUAAUAUAUGUAUUUAUAUAUAAUAUAUAAUAUCACUUAAUUUAGACAUUUAAUCGUCUAGUUUGAUUAAGUUUCAGAGUGCCUUUUUCACAAGAAUCAGCUUAAAGUCUGCAAUAAACAGUAUUUCAUGUCUGUUAAACUGUUGUAUCUUUGUGACUACAAAGAUGGUAUUGACAUAAGAAAGUGUUCUUGAUUUUUGCUGUUAGUUUGCUCUUCCUCUGCGUACAGGGAAAAAAAAGAAUCAUGUUCAUUUUUUCAUAAAAGAAAAAUUCCAAUCUUAAUAAAGAUGUUUAGUGCCAUUCAUUGUAAAUGUCCUUACAAAUACUGCUAUGUGUUGGUUAUGUGUCUCUCUAUAAAUGUGUGUGCGUGCAUAUUUUUACAUUUAAUAUAUAUUCUUUAUGCCUGUUAAAAGUACAUAGGUACUUUAAAUGGCACCUGUCAUUUAAACGUAGUCUUUCCAGAAAUGGAUCAGGAAGUGAAGAACCCCAAACUGAAGUCUCCAAACACCAUAGCAAUGACCAAGAAAUGGAUUCUUGUCUUACCCAGUUGAAGAAACAAGUGAUUCCCUUCUCCCUUUACGAAACAUUUGAACCAGAACAUCUUUAUGAUAACUGCAUCCAUUCAACCUGUAUACAUAGCUUUAUGGGAUAAAAUUGUCAGUCUCACUGUGUCCUGUCAUCAAAGGCCAAGUCCAGUCCUCCAAAGACUUAACUAUUAUCUGAUUCAAAUUUAAAAUUCUAUUCCUCAUCCUCUUUAAUAAGUGUCUGUACUUAGCCCAAAAAAGUGUUCACUGUACAGCCAAGUGCCCUACGCUGAGUGAUGAAUAACUAACAAAAUAAAGCAAGAUCUCAUGCUAUUUCUACACAAGUGCUACUUUGCUUGUAAAUACAGGAGGAGUAUACUUCUUAAAAGGUCUUUGAGACUAAUGUUUGAAAAUUAGUCUCUCUCUGUUUGUGUGGAAAAUGUGUCUGAUACCAGAAAAGGGGUUGUGGUGGUUACUUGCACCUCUAGUCCUUUGGUAAUGGUCAAAAUAUGUAUUCCUGUUCUCUGCAGGUUUAUCCAGCAUUCAACAUAACGUUUGCUUUUGCCUGAAAGGAGGAGUUGGCUCCAAGUCUCCUUCCAUUUGUUGGUGGUACGCAGGGCUCAUGGCAGAAGCACCAUAUUUGGUCCCCAAGAGAGAAGAGGCAGCUUCACAACUUGUUUUGAAGCUGCACUCCUAUAUUAUUGUUAGCUGGUAUGUGAAGAACCAGAUAAAUUUGAACGUGGUCAGCAUGGUCAGAGGCUUCUUUGGAGAUACUUAGGAGAAAAACAGGCAAUUCCUUCCAUGUACUUUAAGGAUAAGCAGAAAAACCUGUCUAUUUUUAGCUGUGCUAAAUUAGAUAAUAUGAUUUCUGGGUAACAGUCUGUGAAAUCUAAGUGGCAUUAAGGCAGGCAUUUCCCUUUUGUGCUAAAAUUACCUUGGUGGUUUAAGGCACGCUGGAGAGCUUCUCCCUUCCACUUGAAAAGUCUUUGAAUUUUCAGCUUGCUGGCAAUUAUAGGAAAUGAAAAGGAAAUUUAAUUCUGGGUAAUUCAAUGAAAAUAAAAUGUUUUCUUUUUUUCAGAGUCUUAGAUGAAAACAACAAUGGUCAAAUGGUCAAAUAUUUCAUUCAAAAUAUUUUCUUGAGGAUUUGAGCAGAGAGGAAAUUUUUGUUUGACACUAACAUUUGAGGAAAAUGCAGUCAAUAAAAAUGCCUUCUCAAAUGUGAGGAAAGGGAUGGUGUUUGAUAACAUAAUAACUACUUUACUGUUUUGCUGUCAUUGAGUCUACAUUUUUAACUGGGAGUGAGGGCAAGUCUUAGCAGCAUACAUCACUCAGAAGUUUUAGGCUUUCUAAGCACAUACCUUUUAAACAUUAGCGUGUCACUUCUUUCCACCCCUUUAGUCUGCUGCUUCCCUAGGGAGAUCAUGGGGAAGAAAACCACUGUGAAACCUCACAUUUCAUUUGAAAGAACACACCUGACCUACACUUCCAAUAUUAACACAUGGAAAAGGUUACAUACCAUCUAUCAAUUCAAAUGUUACAUGGUGCUUGGCUCAGACAAACUGUGAUUUAUAAGUGAGAUUUUUUUAAUGUACCUUUAUUGCUCCAAAAUCAUUAUUGCUUUAUUGUGUUAUAUAAAACACAAUAGGUGUUACUUUGGGCUGAGAAAAUCCGUGCAGAUUUGCACAGUAUGAUGUGUGCAGAAAUCAGUGGUUUCUUUGGAAGCAUCUGAAAUGAUAUGAUAUUUUGAAAUGUGCUGAGCUGCCGGUGACUUUAAUGAUACUCAUCAGUGUUUGUGAAACUAUUAAACUGUCCUUGGAAGUGCUUUGCUGGUCAGUAACUUUAGCGCUUCACUAAUUUAACUAAGGGAACAAACAGAAACCCAAGAAAAAAUAAUACACCCAAGAAAAAAUAAUACAAUG